AAUUUAAAAUCUUCCAGAUAACCAAGCUUCUGAAACAAAUGACUACACAGGUCCAAAAAUGCGUGUUCGGUAUUCACUUUACGUGGGAGACGAAAAAGAUGUGAUCCAUACUAUUUCCCUUAGAGUUCCAGAGAACUACACGGCUUUUGAAGUGAUGAAACUAGCUGAAACAGAAGAUCCAAAAUACACUUUUAUAUACAAAAAGAUUUCUGGUAUGAUGUAUGUGUAUCAAAUUGAUAAAACGAUUAAUGAUCCUGAAAGAGGCUAUUUUUGGAUGCUUUAUCAAGGUCAAGAAAAUGAUAAUGCAACUCUUAACCACUACAAUUUGAGUCCAGAUCAACUUGUUAUGCAGGAUAAAGAGCAUCUCGUCAUGUGGUACAAGAAAGCUCAUUUCUGAAAAAAGAAAAUCUCAAUGAAUAAUUUUUACUUUAACUAUCAAAAUUGUACUUAUAUUGAACUAUAUAAAGGAAUAUAUUAAAAAGUCAUUUCUGAUUG